UGAGGUGAUAAUUGGAUCAAAUGACUGCCACAAUGCCUGGAUUCAUGUAGUACUGAGAAUGUAUGUUUUUACAUCUGGUGUGGCCUCACCUACUUGGUAUUACUCAGCACCUACCAUGAACUCUUUGCUCUGGGUCACAUGAUCAGUGAAUAUUUUGCCUGGGAGAUGACCACCCCCAUACUACCCACACUGUGGCAUUUGAUGCUGAUACAAAGGAUUUUGACACGUGAGGUUGUUAACUCCACCCAGUCCUUUGGGUGACAACACACAGGGCAUUCCUAGAUAUCGAUUGCCAAUUGGCACUGAUAGUAUGGCACUAGCAGUGACCACACACUGCCUCCUAUUCUGCACAUUCAGGCCUAUAAAAAGAUCAGCACAUCUUACUCUGUCAGUGAUAAUAGAUGACAUCUCCUUGACAAGAAACAGGCAGGCUGUGCCUAGAUAACCCUUGUGAGACAUCAUGGACAACUGAUGCUGUGCAUUUGUUGAUGAUCAUAUUGUCAUCUGCCCUCUAGAGGAAGUGUAAAUUACUGUGCCAGCAAAAAUAGACAAAUUGUGCACAGGUGACAUAGAGAUUUGACAGCACCAUUUUACUGCAGUAAAAGAAACAAGAAAGGACAUGGGUGAUUUAGCACUGUGUGUCAAGGAAAUUUUCUCCAACAGAACAGUGAUUUUUUCCACAACUCAUCCCUCUGUGAAAUAACACUGGCCCCUGCUUGGCCCAGCUGGAGUGUGAAUUACACUGUCAGUGAUUUUUACCCUGUUGAUAUCAAGGACCAUACUGUACAGGAGUGGUAUGUGGUGAGGAGUAGUGUGUGCUGAGGAGUGCAUGUAAUGUGUGUGUGUGGUGUGUGCAUGUGCUGCAUGGGCUCAGGCAGUGAUUAACUAGUGUGGGCCAAUCAACAGAGCCGGCCAGUGCAGCCAGUCACACACCACAGACUCUCGAGCCAAAGCUCAGUGCAUCACAGAAGACCUCAUCAGAGUCAGAGUAUAUCUCUAACCCCCCCUCAAGUCAUCAACUGAGCGCAUUAGCUCUACGGCAUUUUGGCCUAACAUUCGGAGCAUCCUCUCACAAUCUACUGUGUACUCACAGGAAAUCUAUCAUGAAUGAAUAAAUCCCUCAUAAAAAAAAUGUGGUUCAUUCAUUCCCCAAAUCCGGUAUUCCACUCAGAGUGCCUUCAGUCGCCUUUCGUCUCUCACGCCCGCUUCAUUAAUAUUUCCUGCCCCGCUUUGAGGAACGCCGGCCUUUCUACAUCGGUGGUUUCAGUGUGAGCUGUGCGAGCGUGUGUGUAUGUGACAUGCAAAUCAAGUUGGGCUCAGUCUGAUGUGAAGGAGUUGAGCCCCAGAUAGGAUUGGCUGGGUGCUGUCGGGGAACUUGGAGUUUGGAUGUUUCUUUUGGAGUGGGGGAAGUGGUUGUGUGCAAUUCACUGACGUCCAUCAGCAAAGUUCUUCUUUACUUGGAUUUUUAAUGUGCUGAGAAAGACUUUUGCUCAACACAGGGAUUGCAUGUACAUGUUUGGGUGUGUUUUUUAUUCGUGGGGAAACACAUCCGUGAAAACUGCAGGAGGAAAGAGGCAUAGGCCGAUUGGAAUUAUAACUCACUGGAAUAAAUUCUGGAAAUUUCAGAGGUGUGCCUUGGUGCUGAAGGUUGUUGACACUCACCCAAGAUUUCCAUCAAAAAAGUAUCUCCUCCUGAAGACUGGUGGGACUUAGUCAUCUUGGAAACUGUCCCUCACCAACUCUGCUGCAGCAUCGUUAGAAAAUCUCAUCUCUUCAUCUGUCAGUGAACUCUGGUUUAACCUGUUUGGGGAGAAACAAAGCCGCCCUUAAUUGUGUCUACUGGUGUUCCGUCACCAAGAUUUGUGCAUUAGUCAGCAUUGAGGAGAAGUUCACUUUAGCGAUAAAGUACAAGGUACUCAUAUCAGACACAGCUCCAUUGUCAUCAGCAUGGAUAUCUUAUGCUGUUUGUUACUGCCAGUAUGCCUGGAGGUGGUGUUCUCACCCCUAGCCGGGGCAAUCGGAGGAAUGUUUGGGGAUUCUGCAAGUUCAUUUAGCUACUCAUGGAGUACAGGUCCAUGGGGACCGUGUAAUGGCAACCAGUGUGGGUUUGCUGGUAGCCAAACUCGCCAUGUAUGGUGCACCCACCCAGUACUAGGCACCCAGCCUCCUUCCAAGUGUGACCAGGUCACCAUGCCCGAGAGCCGCAGGAACUGUUUUAAAGUCUGCGAGGAGCACCGGCACCUCUUUGCCUGGCUGUCAGGGGACUGGGAGAAAUGCCAGCGGACAGUGGACGAGGGCCCUGUCCAGUGUGGGGAGACAUCCCUGGGCAUGAAGACGCGGGCAGUCAAGUGUAUCGACACCAGCACAGGCUUCCUGAAGGAGGACACACGGGAGGUGGUGCCGCAAUACAUCUGCGAGCAGUUUGAGGCCAGGCCUCCGACAGAAAUGGAGUGCUUCACCCCUUGCCCACAGGCCUGCAUUGUCGGAGCAUUCAGCAGGUGGAGCGAGUGUACCAGCACCUGCGGCAAUGGCACACAGACCCGCACCCGGGAGGUGGUGGUGCCGCCCAUCCAUGGCGGCCGGGACUGUCCAAACCUCAGCGAGACCCGAGAAUGUAAGAACAAUCCACCAUGUGAGAGCAACGAAUUCACCUACUUCACCAGGGUGGGAACAUGGAUGAAGUGCCAGCCCCCGGCACGGGGUUCAUGGAACAGUGGACUCCCAGGGAUCGGGCUACAAUUGAGGAGUGUAACAUGUCUCAAGAAUAAUGGGGAAAAGGUGGAAGAUGGGCUUUGCUACCAGUAUGAGAACACCCUGGUGCCCUCCAAGUUCCAAUCCUGCCUGGUUCCCCGGGACUGUGCCACCACCAGCUGGUCCACUUGGAGCACCUGUCCUAAUCCCUGCAAGGCCCGGCCCGAUCAGCAGUCGGGGACGGUGUACAAGGAGCGCAAGCGCAGUGUCACGGUGGCACCCCUGGGAGGAGGGACGCUCUGCCCCAAGCUGGUGGAGAGGCUGCCCUGUCCCUCGCCAGACGAGCCCACAAGACUUGAGUGUCCAAGCUAUGUGUGGCACGCGACUGAAUGGAGCAAUUGCCAGGUGGAUGCCAUCCUCGCCCCGUAUGAAAGACUACACUUUGGUAACCAUGAAACGCUGUGUGGUGGAGGCAUGCACCAGAGGGAUGUCUUCUGCACUAUGCUUAAUGAUACAGAUUUUGCUCCAGUGUCACCCUCCCUCUGCAACCGCAACACCAAGCCAAAGCCAAUAGGGCCCUGUGAGGUGCCCUGCCCUUCUCCCUGUAAGGUCACGCCAUGGAGCCAGUGGAGCGACUGCAUCUCAGAUCAGUGCAGCCCCCAAAACAACAAGAGACUCAAAGAAACCAAUCCACUUUCCACCCCAGUUUGGAAUCGAACCCAGGACAACAGCAUCCAAGGUCACAAAAUCAGAAGAAGGGAGGUCACAGUGGAAGCAGAGGAUGGAGGGGAAGACUGCCCUCACUUGACCGAGUAUGUGCCCUGUGACGUUGCAAUCUGCUUCAAGUGGCACGCCAAGGAUGCAGGAGACUGCGUGCCCGUGGAUAGCAACUGUGGCGAGGGAGGUCAGGAACUGAACAUCACCUGCCUGGACAUGAAUCAAACUACUGUUGAUGAGGAGCUGUGUUCGAAUAUAUCGCCCAAACCGGAAACGCAGGUCCCGUGCUGGGUGCCUUGCCCCAGUGACUGUGUGGUGGGUGAAUGGGGGGCCUGGAGCCCGUGCAGCCUUGCGUGCGGUAAAGGCGGAGUCCAGACACGGUACAGGAACAUCAGGGCCUACCCCGGACCAGGAGGUCAUGAGUGUCCAAUGCCUCAGCAUCUCAUUGAGACGAGAGCCUGCAACGACCACAGCUGCGCUCACUUUGCUUGGCGGACGACUCCGUGGAGCGAGUGUGUCAGCGGUCUGAGACCUGUGUUGCUGGAGGGGGUGGAGGGCAUGUGCGAGGUGGGGCGCCAGGUGAGGAGUAUGGAAUGCAUCCGGACAUUGCAAGACAAGCUUGCACCUGAGAAAAGGUGUGGUGAGCAGGGGAAGCCAGCCAGCGUGCGAGAGUGCCACAUACCCUGCCCUCAGGACUGUCGGGUGUCCAGCUUUGGCGAGUGGACCGCUUGCCCGCAAUCCUGUGAAACUGGUAUGGGUUUCCUGCAGGAGCGAGAUCGCUACGUUCUCCAGCCGGCCAGGCAUGGGGGCCAGCUCUGCCCACCACUGCAGGAACGCCAGGUCUGCCCGGUGCCCGACUCCUGCUACUCCUACGACUGGGUGCCCAGCCUCUGGGGGGAGUGCCAGCUGCCUGUGGGCAGCCAGCGAGGUGGCUGGGAACCCUGCGGUGACGGACUCCGAACAAGAGAGGUGCAGUGUCAACGCGAGGGCGGCAUGCCAGUAGACGUGGACCUGUGCCUACGCUACGGCCCACCCAUGCCGACUGCCGCUGAGAAGUGCCGCGUUCUGUGCGAGGGAGAGUGCGAGCUGAGUGUGUGGUCCCGCUGGAGUGCCUGCCCGGACACCUGCAGUGGCCGAAGGAUCCGCAGACGACGCUUGAUAGGCCAGAGCCGUCGCUCUUCAGAGUGCGACGAUCCUGAUCUCUACCCGCUGAGCGAUACCCUUCCUUGCCGCUGUCACACCUACACACUGGAGCCCAUGGGGAUCUGGUCCAACUGCUUCCUCGAGCCCUCCCAGUUCAAGGGGCCCCCCGAGGCGGGCAGUCUGAUGGGGGACUCAGCCGGGGGUGUGACAGGGGGCUGCGGACAGGGGGUGAAGUACCGUGCAGUUAUGUGCCUGGACGAAGAGAGGCGAAUUGUUGAUGUCAGAAAAUGUGGCAGUGAAAAUGACUUCAUGGUAGACUUGUGCGAUAUACCCUGCCCAGAGGAUUGCCAGCUGAGCCCCUGGUCAUCCUGGAGCGAGUGCAGCCAGACUCUUAAUGUUGGCCAGAGGGUGCGGUGGAGGGAAAUCCUGCAUGAGGGCUCAGGCAUGGGCCGGCCCUGCCCAAACCCUGACAGGAGAAACAGAAUGUACCAGUGGAUGCCGUGCCGAUCAGAGGUCCACAGCCGUCUCUUGUGGUACACGGGCCCCUGGGAGGAAUGCGAGAUGCCCCAGGUGAACAGCACCUGUGGGGACGGCCACCAGAAGAGGGAAAUUAGAUGCAAGAUAGAUGGUCCUCCAGGCUUUUUCGGACCCGACAACAGCUCCAGUCUGUGUGAUCAUCGCCUCCGCCCACCGAUGACCCGUCCCUGCUCCAAGCCUUGUCUAGGGGAGUGUGCAGUCAGUGACUGGUCAGAGUGGUCACCUUGUCCUCAGAAUUGUGAGAGGGUCAGCUUCCACACCCGCACACGUGUCGUCCUCCGCCACCCCACCUCAUCCACAGAAGGCAGCAUAACCUGCCCACCGCUGCUGCAGGUGGAGCCCUGCGAAGUGGGCGAGGGCUGCGUGACACACCACUGGAACACAACCGACUGGAGCACCUGCAUUAUGGGCUCCCGGGGGGUCUGCGGUACGGGGCAGCGCAUCCGCCUGCUGCGGUGUGUUCAGAGCAAUGGCGUGGAGGUGGAGAACUCUGUCUGUGAACAGCUGGGCAUACCCAAGCCUGAAAACCUGGAGGCUUCUUGUCAGGUUGAGUGCCCAGAAGACUGUAUCCUAAGCCCCUGGACAGAAUGGGGCAAGUGCACCCAGGCCUGUGGACACAGUGUGGGUCGGACACGAAGCCGAACCAUCUUGCGAGCAGCUAAUGACCUGGGCCGCCCCUGCGUGUCGUCUCUGUACCAAUGGCGGCCUUGCAUACCCAGCCCAUGCUACCGAUGGGUGACAGGACCCUGGGGGCAAUGUCUGCCAAAGGGUGGCGAUUGUGGCAUCGGAUAUCGACAGCGCAACGUCACCUGUCAACAGGAGGACGGCGUCCUCGUCAGUGAGGAACUGUGUCAGUCUGGGGCCUACCAGAGUAACAUCAACUUCACAGAGCUGGGACGCGAGAGGCUUGAGAGAGAGCAGGAAUGCAACAUCCCCUGCCCCGGUGAAUGCCAACACACCCAGUGGAGUAGCUGGAGUGACUGCUACGUAUCCUGUCUACAAGGGAGGACAGUGGGCAAUGAGGGUAUACAGGUGAGAUCAAGAGCAGCAGUGGGUCCCAACAGUGGCUGUCCCUCUGACGAAUUGGAGAUCAGACCAUGUAAUGGGGACACUUGCUACGAUUUCCGGUGGCACACCGGACCAUGGAAGAAAGGAAAGAGGGAGGUUUGGUGCCAGAGGUCAGACGGACUCAACGUCACAGGUCCCUGUCUGAUGGAUGUCAAGCCCAGUACAUCGGUGAUCUGUGUGCCAGAGUGCACACUGUUUCAUUCCUUUUGCAGUGAAGACAAUGUAUGCCGGUGCAAGAAGGGUUACGAACCAAAAUUCAGUGAGACCACGGGAGAAUUGAUUGAAUGCACUGAGUGGAUCAUGAUACAGGAUGCAAAUGGGGAAUACAUAACACCACACCAGACCUCGGGUGCCAACCAGGCCAACCAAGGUGCCACCACUGAGACCAACACCGUCAACAAAGGGUCUGGCAGACAACCAGAAUCAAAGGGUUUCUUCGAAAAUAUUCCACCGUGGGGUUACGCCAUAGUCGGUUGUGUUGGAUUCCUUAUUCUUGUUGUUGUCAUUGUCGUCGCCGUUAUUUAUGGCUGUCGGAAUGCCAAAAGGAAGGAAGAAGAGAAACGGAAGUACCAGCACGCAGCCGACUACUCACUUUACUGGGACGACAAUGCCAAGAAAAAAUAUAACGGAGAGGUGGACCUUUGAUGACUCCCACCAUGUGCUUUAUGGGGUGUUGGUCGUUCCCCGUUUAACAGUUGUCCCAUUUGUACGAAGAGCUUUGUUUUUCUACUGUGAAUCUAAAGUCCGUCAUGCAAGUCAGAAAGUACUUGUCUCAGAUAGUCUUCUGUGUUGAUCCCACCAAGGGACAUUGCUAGUGGCAGAUAUGGGGUGUGCGCAAGAAAAGGCGUCAUGUAGCUAGGCUUGUGCCCCUCAGCCAACCAACUGCACUGGAUCCGACCUUGUAGGAUUUUAAUAGAUACAGCCAGGUGGAGCUCAACUUAAAUGGAUUAGCCUGGGUUGAUAUGGUUAACCACAGUCUGGAACGGACAGGGAGAUUUGAAACCCAGGAUGGGGUAUGGGAUUGCAUGUUAAGUAGGGUUCACUACAGUCUGUGUUUUAUGAAAAAAAGGGGGAAUUCUACCAGGCUUUCCUCUAAACAAAAUCCAUGUGGGAUUUUGAGGCACGUUUAUCACAUCUCUAGGCAUGUGUAGCAUUCUGCUCAGAAGGACAGGAAAAAAGUACAUAUACACUACAUGUAAAUAUGAGAUAAAUACAACUCAAGUCUGUUUGCCUGCUUUUGCCUCCACUUUUAAGAGAGAUCUUUUGACUCAACCUGAUUUUAAAAAAGUUGUCGUUUUUAUAAUGACAAGUCAGAAAUAUAAGCAAAAAAAUUAGGCAUCAAGUUCAUUUACAUUAAAAAAAAUACAAAAUAUCUCCAUAUUGAAGAACAUCUACAUUUACCACUGUUAUUGCAAUUAAUUGAUAGGCUGGUUCUAUGCAAUUAUGAGAGAAAGAAAUUAUUUUUCAAAUUAGUGUGUAUAUUGUUCAUUGGUCAAAACAGUAGUAUACUCUGUAGUUCAACCCUUUGGUUAUCUCCUUGUCCAACACAUAGAUCCAUCCCUCGACACCAGAAAGCUUAGCGUUACAGGAACACUUCAUGCAGAUGAUUUUAAAAAUCCAUUUGUACAAUACAUUUGACAAGAGUCACCAUCAGACUAAGUGUUGAACUUUUUUGGUGGUUUUGUGGUAUUCCAAGUGGUUUGAACUUAACCUGUAUGCAACCUAGAGUCUUCUGAACAACCCGGCCCAUUUCUUAACUUGUUUAAUUUAUUCACCUUGUGGUUUUAGUAAGACAGUAAUUUUUAUGUUUUUUUUAUAUACUGAACAUAUGUAAAUAGAAUUGGGUGUAACAUAAAGUAGUAAUGACUGUCAGUGCAUCGUGUAUAUCUCUGUGUUUCAACAGAGCUUAUACGAUCAAAGGCUACAUUAUUUAUUGCAGUUUUUAUUUAGUUUUAUUUUUUGGCUUGCCUGUAACAUUGAUAGUAAGGUUUGUGGCAAACAGCCUGCAUUUUUUAAAAGAGAGUUUACAAAUAAUUACCCUUGCCUCAAAUGGGAAAACAAGAAAUGAGAGGUUGUAAAACUUCAGCACAGUUUUGGCAAUAGUAGGAGUACAAGCAUAGCAAAGGUUUCCAAAGAAGAACAUAGUUGGACUCAUUUCAAGAGUAUUGGAACAUAUUUCAUAAUCAUGCACUGACUAAACCCUUCACAUUUUGCGUGGUGCUUCCUGUUUACUCUUGUCCCUACAUUUUUCAUGUUGAAAAGGUACAGACUACAUCACCUCACAUUCGGGAAAAGAUAUUACGUUGACAUGACAUCGAUGCAAAGCUUGUCCUCAUUGAUCUGUGAACCUCUGAAAUUAUUAAAACAAUUGGUGACUUGGUUCAAACCUGUUGAGAUGUACAUGUUAAAAAUGUUGCAUAUUUAUUUCAGUGUAGAAACGCAGUAUGUAUAUUGCACUUGCCAUAUUUGUGUUCAGCCUAUCAGGGCUCUGAAGGAAAGGUUAAUUUAUUUUAAUUUUCUUGAAUGCAUGUUGAAAGUUACAGACAUCAGCUCGUUUUCCAUCCAGUUUGAGGCAGUUUUGCCAAUAAUUUGACACUCUGAGAAUCAGUGGACCUGAUUUUAACCAAUUUGAUUUUUUUCAAUUCAUCGUUCAUCUGGUGCUUUUGGGUAAAUAGAUUUGUAUGCUAGCCUUUGUAAUAUCAAGUUUUGUUUCCACAGUUACUGAAUGUUAAAGAGUGAGUCUCUUUCCAGGUGAAAUGAUCGAAGAAAACAAAAGUAAAUGCAAUAAAAAUGUAAAUUUGAUAAUGAAUGAUGAACGAAUCAUGUAUAAAGGACACUGACAAGAGCAUAUGAAUUCUUGUUUUACUCUUAAUCAUUGUAACAUGUUGAUGGUAUUUCUGAAUUUCAAACUUUCUAGGAUUCACAUAUAUGGCUAUCGUCUGUACCACAUUUUGUAAACACAUUUUUGGUAACACUGCUUGUAAGUUGGUUUUUGCUUUAAGCCUUGUGGAACGUCAAGACACCAAAGGUAUCAUGGGUGCAGUAGUGUACGCAAACAAAAAACAUAUGAAGUGCAACUUAUUAAUGUACAUGUAUUCAUGAUCUGUAUGGUAGAGUAGAAUGUUUAAACCUGGACCAAAUGAUGAAGUGAAUAGGCUUAUUUCACAGGUUUGACAGGAAUUUGUUAUUUUACAAAUGAACACCAUCAAAAGAAAAAAAUCAAGUUGAUAAAAAAGGUAUUUAAUUUCUGUUUGUAUGUACAUUGAGAAUAAAACAUGAAAACUAAUCCGAGUCCAGUGACAUUUCGUGGUCAAGAGGAAAUUAUUUUAGCAUAGACUUUUGAAUGUGAGGUAAUGAGAAAUCCCUUCCUUAUGUGAACCAUAUGUUAACCUUUAAUCUUUGGCCUUUAACCUUUAACUGGGUCAAAGGCCAUGUCUUUUAGAUAGACCUUUUCUUUUGAAAGUUCCCAGGAAGUUUAUGCUUGGUUGGCAACAACCUUUACCACAAUUAAAAUGUAUGAUUGCCUCCUCAGCAUCGAUAUAGGAGUCAUUUUCAUUCAAUACUUAUUUAUUUCUUCAUUAAAUAUUUUAAUGUUUGCCUGAAAUGGUUGUAAAACUGUGAAUUGUCCUGGUUUUGUAAACAAGGUCAGCCACAUUGGCAAAAAUGACACUUUUGACAGAGCAAAAUAAUGGUCUAUACAUUGGGAAAUAUGGGAAGAAUUAAGGUGCUAGAUUAAAAAAUGUGUCAGUACAA